GGAGCAGCCUGCAGACCCUGGCAGGGUCCUGAGGAGUCAUGUGCUCAGCCUUGUCCUCCCAUAACACAGACAGAGAGACAGGAGAAGAGUCGAGUAUCCAGUAUCAACAUAAACGGGCACCUCGGUGGAUGAGCUUGGAGCUUCCACCUCUGCUUUUCUCACGUUCGCAUUGUAGCUGAAGAAGAAGAAAGUCAGCCCCAGCGUGUGCAUCCAGUAGCCGGGUGGCUGCUCCUCCCCGGACCAUGAAGCUCAGCGUUGCCUUGUUCUUUGCAGGGCUCUUUGGGGCGUUGGCAGCCGUGUUCAUCCUGCUCUCGUUUGGAACCGAUUACUGGCUGCUUGCCUCAGAGACUUGCCCCCCGAAUCUGGACGGAUCUGUGCAGCGUGGAGAUGGAGAUGCAGUGUUGCAGGAAGGCAGUAGUGCUGCUCUGUACCAUGAAGGCUUUUUCUGGAGGUGUUCUUUUGUAGGUAACGCGGGUGACGACAACCUGAUGUGGCAUCUCUGGUUCACCAAUCAGCCUCACUCAAAAGUUUGCAUGCAGGCCUACCUCUUCCCGUUCCCCGUGUCUCCUCAGACCCACAAUGCCACGGAGCACGAUUCGGCAAUCAUCUACAGAGGCUUCUGGAGCAUUUUUAUGCUUAUUGGUGUGGCAGCUGUAGUGCUGGCUGGGUUCUUCAUCAUCUGUGCGGCUCCGUUCGCCAGCGCCCGCUUGUACAAAGCUGGAGGCGGCCUCUUCCUGGCGUCUGGUCUUUUCCUGCUCUGCGUGGUGGUGAUGUACGUGCUGUGGGUGCAGGUGUUGGAUGUGGUCGAUGACUACGUUCGCCACCAGCGCUCCACUCUGUGUGACGACUUCCAGCUGUCUCUCAACUAUGGUUUGUCCUUCAUGUUCGCCCCCAUCGGCAUCUUCUUCUGCCUCUUGGCCGGCCUUCUUUUCCUCCUCAUUGGCCGGAGCAUCCAGAUCCAUUGCCACUGACAUCGAGCGGCAGCAGGGUGGAGCAAGGUGGAGCAGGGUGGGGGCUUGAGGUGGUUGGAGUGUUUUUAGUUUGUUCCAGGGUGAAAUCAUUGAGACCACUGCUGAGUAAUGUCAUCACGACAGCCUGAAUCGCGUGUCACAGUACACACGGUUCUCUGCUAUUCUCAAAAUGUCUGCACCAACAGCAUAAAUAUCUGUGCGUAACACCGUUGCUUUAAUUUGUGUGUUGGUGGUUGUGAGUUUAUGCUCAGAAAAAUGUAAAUUAAGCAAAUGUUGUUAUUUGGAGCAUUUAUUGUCAGCUUGAGAACAAAUUAUUCUGUUAUUUCUUGUAUGUUCGUACAGUGUAAAAGAAGUGCAGAAUAAAAUCGCUUGUGAGGUGGCAUGAUCUUUUUUGUAUAUCCUGAAAUAGCAAUUUUUUUUGUUGGCCACAGUGUUUGCAAAAGAUUUAAAUGUUUGAUAUUUUUGUUUUUGUCCUCAAAUCCUGGGAAGAGACAAAAUCCAAAGGUUUUGUUACUGAUUUAUAUUGGUCACCAACUUAAAAAGCAGAAAAAAUAACCUUAAAUAAGCAUUAAAAAGUCCUUCAAAGGUCUGGGCGCUAUAGUUGUUGUUCACACAGCAUAGUGUAUUUGUUGGGGCACUAUUUUUAGCCGCGGCCUUAUCCUCCUUUCAUAUUCUGGUGACUAUUUACUACAGUAGGACAGCACAUUUGUCUCAACUCAGUAUGUUCUGCACAAGGCGGUGUCAGACUCCACACAUCAUCUUUUGUAUUUACCUUUCUUUGUAUUUUGUUUCAAUAAUCGGAGUCAUCAUGGCAACGUGGCGGCCGUUGGCACUAAACACUUUUUAUCAGGUGAGUAACUGAAUAUGAAGUACGAAGGUUUACUCUGCUACGGUCAUUAGAGUUUCUCCAUAUCUAUAUUUUAAAUCUCUUUUUUAUUGUUUAACCAGUUUGUGUACCGCACAGCUUAUUCUGUUUAUAAAUUGAGUUACAGGCGUUCAAUGUAUUUUCACGUUGAGUGUAUGUAGCUGCUGUUUAUGUUGCCUGAUUUAGUCUUUUGUCUUUUCUACGUGUGCUGUUAGGUGUGUUAUGAGGUUCCGACAUAAUGUCUGUCCACCUAAAUGUUUCUUUCAGUUUUCUGUUUGCUAAUAAAAAGGCUUUGACUUUUCAAAGCUUCUAA